AUGGAGGUUGAAUCACUGGGUGGAAGCAGAUAUUUUCUGACUUUCAUUGAUGAUGCUUCUCGAAAGGUGUGGGUAUAUAUCUUGAAUACGAAGGACCAGGUGUUUGAGUACUUCAAGUCAUUUCACGUCAUGGUGGAACGUGAAACAGGAAAGAAGCUGAAAUGUCUCCGAUCUGAUAAUGGAGGCGAGUAUACUUCCAAAGAGUUCGAUGCAUAUUGCAGGACAUAUGGCAUUCGACAUGAGAAACACACCUUCUCGUCAGUUCACAGCUCGUCUCACUGCCCCGCCGUCUGUAAGUUCUACCUUCGCCGCCGUGAUUUCAGGAACGUCGCGCCUCCGCAAGGACCGCAACCGCUAGGAGCAGACAUCCACCGCCCGCCACUCUGCCUUACGAAAUUGCCGCCCCUUCUCCAACCGAUCCGUCGCUGGAGUCCCUGUCCAGAGGAGACCCGCGUGCCGUUCACCGGGUUCACCUCCUCCGACGGCCUCGAAAUUGACCUUCAUCGUCUACAUCGUCUUCAUCGGCGUUGCCUCGCGACCCUGGAUCGGCCGCCGCGGCAGGCUCUGCGGAAUCUCCUACCCGUCAAAUUGAAAGCAAAAUCGGCCUCUCCGACUCCUUCUUCUCGCUUCUUGACGGCUGGACCUGCGACAACAUCCGACGAAUGA